CAUCAUCAGGUGUGUCGGUUUUCAGCACGAGUUGUGUUCAUGGUUUUGCGAUUCGGUGUGCGGCCCUAUAUCUUUCCUUAAUCGACUGCCGACGAGGCCUGUUGCGCCCCCCUGCCACCCCCACGUGUUUCUCGUGGGGAUGAUUGACCUUGCUAUACUGUACUUCACGCGGUUUAGUGAAAGGUGGGGGUGUGGGUAGGGGAAGUGCCAGGAACCAAUUAAUAUCACUCGCCACUGACGUUAGCCGUGAACUGCACUCGAACUUGGACGCCGCAGUGCGCUUAUUGCUCAACGCCAUUGCCCCUAGCCACGCGUUUCGCUGUUUUCGAGUUCACCUGUGCCGCAACGAGGGGCACUUGCCCCUCUUGUCUGUCCCGGCUCUCGCCUUGCCUGGGUUCGACUGGGGCCUCGAUCAUUUGCUGGUGCGGUGGUGCACUGGGGGAGACAAAGGCGGCCGGGGCUUGGCUCCAGCCACGGACUGACCGCGGCACGCAGGCACACACGCGCCGCCAUGUGGGAACGAUUCGCCUCUCAGCCCGGAGAGGACCAUGACGACUCCUCUGACAAGUUCUCCGCUACUGAGUCCAUAAUCAUGAAUGGCUCCCAAGAGAGGUUGCAGCAGAAGCUGGUUGGAGGAAGCGAAAGAUGCAGAAGACAGCGGUGCUGCUCGGGGAUGGAGAGCCCACGCUGUCUCAAGUGGGCCGUGCUGCUGCUGUACCUCCUCUCCAGCGUGCAGUUCACACUCUGGUUCACCACCGUCUCGCUGUCAUCACGUUACGCCAUCGACGCUGGCAGUCGGGCACCGGCAGAGCAAGCGGCCGCCCUGGACGGCGGUGGCAGCGGCAGCGUGGUGCGCGCCGUCCAUCUGCUCCGGCACGACGUGGCGCGCGUCUCUGAGCGCCUCGCCGGCGCCGAGAAGGCGGCGAGCACGCGUACGACGCGGCUGCAGCAGCUGGCGCUGCUCGCGCAGGCGACGGAGGAGCGGCUGGUGCGUGCUCGGGAGGAAGCCGCCGUCGCUGCCCGACGUUUCGACGCGGCGCUGGCGGAGCUGAGAGCCGAGGCACGAGACGGCGCGAGGGCCGCGCGGGACGGAGGCCGCGAGGAGGCGGCGGCGCUCGCGGCGCGCAUCGCCAACCUCACAGCCGCCGUGUGGGACGUGCGACACGGGGUCGCGGAGCUGCGCGACGACGUGGAGGAGGUGCGCGCCGUCGACCGCUGGGGCGCCGCACUGGCUGGAGCGGUGAACUUGACCUUGGCGAGAGGACCACCUGGGCCCAAAGGAGACAGAGGGGACCCUGGUCUCCCUGGCCAGAGGGGACUGCAGGGUUUCAAAGGGGAUGCUGGAGAGAGAGGACCCCAGGGGUUCCCGGGCCCCCAGGGACAGAUGGGACUCCGAGGCCCCAUGGGUCCUCCAGGGAUGGCGGGGCCGCCAGCCCCGCUGUCAGAACAGGGGCUCGAACCGGUGACCGAAGAACAUAGAGCCGAGUUUGUCGACAUGCAAACCCAGAUUGCGCCCAUCCUCGCCAGCGUCACUCGGCCACCUGGGCUGAAGGGAGAAACAGGCGGAGCGGAGUGCGGCGUUCGCCUGGUUGGGGGCGCAGGCCCCAACGAGGGCCGGCUGGAGGUGCUGCAUAAUGGGAUCUGGGGCACCGUGUGCGACGACGAGUUCGACUUGGCCGACGCAGACGUAGCCUGCCGCUCGCUCGGCCACCGUGGUGCCAUCAACUUCCAUGACAGCGCUCGAUACGGACAGGGUGAGGGCCCCGUCUGGAUGGACGCGCUGGAGUGUGACGGCUCAGAGCGCUCGCUGUCCGACUGCGCCUUCUCCGGCUGGGAGAUCAGCGACUGCAAUCACGACGAGGACGUGGGCGUCGUCUGCCAGGCCUAGGGGCAGCGGCAGUCGCCAGCUCGGUGGUGGUGGUAGCCCGGUGGUCAUGGCUUUACCAAUGCCGUGAGACCAACCAUGACCCCUGACCCUGGCUUGUCUCCACGUUCCCUGACCUUUGUGCUGAUGAUUGUUCUCUAAAUCCGACCCAUCACCUUGAAAGUAAGUGACAUCAGAGACCCAAACCUUGACGUUAACCACAGUUCUGUGGCCAGUUGCAUAAAUCAGAGUAAGUUAAUCUCUUUUCUUGGCUUACUGCACUGGUUCACAUUGCAAAAUAAAUUAAAAUCACGACCUUAGGCUGUUUCAUGCACCGUGACCAAACCUUAUCUUCCAAUUAGCCCUGAGCUUAUUAUGCAUAAUGUCAUUGACUGUACCCUUGACUUAAACCUGCAGAUGCAAUUCCAAUUAGCCCUGAGCUUAUUAUACAUAAUGUCAUUGACCGUACCCUUGACUUAAAACUGCAGAUGCAAUUCCAAUUAGCCCUGAGCUUAUUAUACAUAAUGUCAUUGACCGUACCCUUGACUUAAAACUGCAGAUGCAAUUCCAAUUAGCCCUGAGCUUAUACAUAAUGUCCAUUGACCAUACCCUUGACUUAAAACUGCAGCUGCAAUUACAAUUAGCCCUGAGUUUAUUAUACAUAAUGUCAUUGACCAUACCCUUGACUGAAAACUGCAGCUGCAAUUCCAAUUAGGCCAGAGCCUUGACCUUAAACCUCAACAUAAGACUGACAUGGAGUUAUACCAUUGACACUCAUACCUGUCAACUCAUAUGGUUUACCCCAUAUUCUUGUACAGGGAAAUUUAGUUUUCAGGUCCAUACAGCGUACAGCCGUUUCAAUACGGGCAAAAAAAACAUAAUUUGUUUGUUUGUGUUUCUUCCUUGUGAUGGGACUUUGUAGGAUGAAUGUUGAGAUUUAUUAGGGCACGGGGUGACCAAUAAGGUUUGGAGUGGUCUACAAUAAGGUUAGGCACUGAUAAGGGGGGUUGACAGGUAUGGACACUUGACCUGUACCUUAAUCUGAACGUGAUGAAACGAAGCAGCUGUUGCAUUCAACAUCCAGAAGCAACCACUCCUUAACUUAAUAUUCCUAUUAUGAUUCUAAUGGACCCUUGUAAGUUCAGUCAAUUGUAGGCUCUCAAACCCACACUUCCUCCCCGAAAAGCCAACCGUAUUCACAAGCAAUCCCGCAGUCUCCACAAUCGAUGCAGAACGCCCAGCUCUGUAACCCCCCUGCUAGGCAAAUCCCCUCUCCUAACCACCACCGGGAGACCUUGAGACACCAAUGCACAUAUCCAAGGUGCAGAUUUGGCGUCAGUAUUAUGGCAAUGACAGAUGACUAGAGAAAGCGAGGCAGUAGACUGGAGGAGGUGAGUGGUGCAUGUUGUCAUAAAGGCAUCGGGGAACGUAGCACUUGUUAACUAUUUGCUGGAGAUAGGAGCUUACGAUUUAAAGGUUUGUUAAUUUAUUGGUGCUAGCUUUUCCCUGCUGCAGCAUAAUGGUAUAGGUUUAAUCUCCUAAACCUUUGUUGUCAUGGACUCUUACGAAUUAUUUAAGGCAGUCAUUCCAAUAGUUUCAUAUAAAAGCUUAUUACUUCCCUCCCUCUCGGCUACCUGGCAAUUAAAAAUUAUCAUAUCUAAAGGUGGCCAGGUGGCUUCGAGGUCAGAGCGCUGUGCUGGCAACGCUGAGGUCGUCGGUUAGAAUCCUGGCGGCAACCUCUGACUGAGGCAGGUUCUCAAGUGUAAUGAGUUGGUGGUCUCGGACUGGCCAACUUAAUAUGGAAUUUCAGGUAAAUUCUAACUUUUAAGAAUUAAAAAUAUCGGUUGACUGCCAAGCACCGACAAUUUUGCUCUGUAGUAUUGUUUGCGCCCGAGUGUAGAUUAGGGGUCACCUGAAGAGAGAUUUCACCUGAAAUAGUUCUGUGAUAUCUCCUUGCGCUGACCAUUCUCUGAACACAGGGUAAUGCAACUCUGUACAGCAGUUUCACACGGAUUUGUUAUCUCUUGACAUGAAACGCAGUCCGGCAAAAAUUCAGAGAAAAGACAACAUUUCUAUAUUUUCAACAAAUUAUCCCAUCUCUUCAACUAUAUAUCUACCCUGGUGCUGAUUGUGAAGCCGUAAGCAACCCCGGGUGCUCGCUGGGAGCCACAGCGCCAGCGAGCGUAAGUUUCUCGCUCUGCGCCGCUGCCUGCAACUUGAGUGGCAGCACCAUGAGUUCGCUCGCGGUGGCCACGGUAAAAGUCGUGCGGGGGAAUCGAGCCCCUGGGCUAUGGUUUACUGUUGUCCCCCCCCCCCCCCCUUUCCCCGGUUGGGUCAUCAUGAGCAGGACGAGUGUAUGCGGGUAUUUGGGUGUACGCUGGUAUUAAUUGGCAUCAGGCAAUUGGACCCAUGCUGUAGCAAUUGUAAGAAGCGAAGAGCACAAGAUAACUGGAGCUCUCCGGUGUGUUUUCGAGUCGUGCUGCAUGCUGUCCGACACGGUGUCCAACAUUUCGCUAUAUGUGCUGGGAGCUUUUUCAGUCUGUUCCUGAAGAAGCUGCCAGCCAGUGUAGCGAAACGUCGGACAUCAUAGGUUUACCAUACACUGCAGCAAGAAGCUCCUCCGGCCACGCGGAGAGAAAUGUCGUACGUGGUGCCGAACAGUGCACGGCACCACCCAAAAAACAUGUUGGGAGAGCUCUAUAACUGUGAACACCUGCGCGUUGUGAGUUGACUACGGGUUCCUUAGCUACCCUACCCCCGCCCCCGUUUGCCCACCCUAGCCAUUAUCACUCACGCAGUUGUUUUGAUUGAUUACCAUUUAUCCGGUGAUGCUGUGUCGGUGCAGCAAGCGGUGGUUGGAACUCAGUGCCUUAUUGAUGGGGAUGAGGUUCGGAUGCUGUCUUGGCUUAGGCUGCCUCUUCAAAUGGCUUAAUUUCUUAGAAGUCAAAUGCAGUGGCCCAGUAAAACCCCACUUGAGUUAAAAUCCGGUGAAGUUUCUCCCACCCGGGUUGGUGCAGGUGUUUGUAGGAAUUCAAAGUGUAUCAGGUGGUAACCGUAGCAUUUACGUACGGGGCACGGUGGUUCCCGGAGAAUCGUAGCAGGAUCUUUAAGCUAUUGUUACAUUAAUUUACACCUCAAAAUGUUGGGGGUGUUUGGGAGAAUUCGGGGCGAGGGAAGAACACGUUGGGAAACGGGGAUUAUUGCGGAUUAGCUGUGGGCGUUUAAAAAAAAAAGAAUACAUUACCACCCACGUUUAAA